AUGUUCUCACCAGGGCCGGAAGAAAGGGGGGAAUGGACGGGAUCUAAUGACGCUCUCCCCUCGGCGGCGAGCAGUGAUGAUGUAAUCCAGGGCCAGCCCAUCCACCUGCGGCUCAUUGCCGAGCCGCUCCAGAGCAUGAGGAUCUUAUGGAGGCCAUCUGGGUUCUUAAGAAGACUUCUCCAAGUGGAAAGCUAUAGAAUAACUGAAUCAGAAUCGUUGAUUCCACUAGCUUGGACAUCACUGAUACAGAAACCUGGCAGAGCACCUGGUAUUUUCUUGUUGGAUCAAAGAAAAAGAUUCUCAACCAUGCCUGAAAUAGAACUAAGUGAGAGACACUAUGAAUUGUUUUCACCACCCUCUGAUGUUCGAGGAAUGACAAAACUUGAUAGAACAGCUUUUAAAAAGACAGUCACCAUCCCAGUGCUUAAAGUGAGGAAAGAAAUUGUCAAUAAAUUGAUGCGAUCCCUUAAAAGGGUAGCACUGCAGCGCCCAGGCAUAAAACGUGUGAUUGAAGAUCCAGAAGAUGAAGAAAAUAGACUAAUUAUGUUGGAUCCCUAUAAAAUGUUUACUGAUGAUUCCUUUGAGAAUGCAGAACUCAGUAUUUUAAAGCAGCUUAAUGUCAGUCCACAGGUAUCUAAAUAUAAUUUGGAACUAACUUAUGAAAACUUUAAGUCAGAAGAAAUAUUGAGAGCUGUCCUUCCUGAAGGUCAAGAUGUGACUUCAGGGUUUAGCAGAGUUGGACAUAUUGCCCACCUGAACCUUCGAGAUCAUCAACUACCUUUCAAGCAUUUAAUUGGUCAAGUUAUGAUUGACAAAAAUCCAGGAAUCACCUCAGCAGUAAAUAAAAUCAAUAGUAUUGAUAAUACGUACCGAAAUUUCCAAAUGGAAGUGUUAUCUGGAGAGGAGAACAUGGUGACCAAGGUUCGAGAAAACAGCUAUACCUAUGAAUUUGAUUUUUCAAAAGUCUAUUGGAAUCCUCGUCUCUCUACAGAACACAGUCGUAUCACAGAACUUUUCAAACCUGGGGAUGUCCUAUUUGAUGUUUUUGCUGGGGUUGGACCUUUUGCCAUUCCAGUAGCAAAGAAAAACUGUACUGUAUUUGCCAAUGAUCUCAAUCCUGAAUCCCAUAAAUGGCUAUUGCACAACUGUAAAUUAAAUAAAGUGGACCAAAAGAUAAAAGUCUUUAACUUGGAUGGGAAAGACUUCCUCCAAGGACCAGUCAGAGAAGAGUUAAUGCAGCAGCUGGGACGACUGUCAAAAGAAAGAACACACUCUGUGCACAUUGUCAUGAAUUUGCCAGCAAAGGCUAUCGAGUUUCUCAGUGCUUUCAAAUCGCUUUUAGAUGGGCAGUCAUGUGGCAGUGAACUCCUUCCCAUAGUACACUGUUACAGCUUUUCCAAAGAUGCUAAUCCUGCUAAGGAUGUUCAGCAGCGAGCUGAAGCCGUGUUAGGCACUUCCUUGGACGCGUGCAGUUCAGUUCACCUCGUAAGAAACGUGGCCCCUAACAAGGAAAUGUUAUGCAUCACCUUUCGGAUUCCUGCUGCUAUCCUCUACAAGAACCAGAGCCUAAAUCUAGAGAAGCAUGAAGAACCACCUCUUAAACGCCAGAAGACAGAUAAAUCCUUUUCAAAAGAAAAAACACAAAUUGCUUAAAUCAUGUAACUGAAAAUGGUUUCUCCAUCUCCCCACUAGAUCAUUAUGUAGUGAAGUAUAAUUUGUAUGAUUUCAUAAAAUCUUAGCACUCAGUUACUUUAGUACUGAACUGUUACAUUUUACCUUUGCUGUCUUAUAAAUUGAGGAUUGUCAAAUUAAAAUUUAAAUGAAAUAAGUCUACUAAACAUUUUAUUAUCUAAGUUAUAUAAUUUUAUAAUCUAAAUUAUAUCUAAUUUUUUAAUUAAAUACACUUAAAUAUGUCUGUCUUGGGAAAAUAGUUUUGAAGGUAGGAUAAUUGCAUGCUAACCAGGAAAGCACUGAUAUCAUUUUGCUGUUAUCCUUAGUUGAAGAAUGUAGCUAAGUUUUGUUAUAAGCACUCCUAUACUAUCACUAUAAAAGUAAUAAAAAUGAGAUUAUUUAGAUCAGGGAUAGGCAGACCAUGCCCGUUAAGCCAAAUCUGUCCCACCAGCUGUUUUUGUAUGGCAAGUGACUUGAGAAUGGUCUUACAUUUUUAAACGGUUGAUAAUCAAAAGAAUAACAUUUUGUGAUGUGAAAAUUAUAUGAAAUUUGACUUUCAGUGUCCAUAAAGUUUUUGUGUCCAUGCUCAUUUGUUUACAUACUAUCUAUGACUGUUUUCAUGGUAUAACAGGAGAGCUGAGUAGUUGUUAACACAGACGGGAUGUGAUUCUUAUCACUUCAUACUGCUGUGCAUCAUACUACACAUCACAGUAACACGGUAAUAUUAUAACUCAGUAGUAUUUUGAAUGCUAUCUAUGUCACUAAGCUGUAACAUUUUAUUUUGUUACUACCAGUGCACAGUCAUCAUUUCCAAACAAGAAAAGUGGACUUCUAGUGCAUUUUUAAGGCACAGUAGAGUAUGAAUUGUUUUGAUAUAGAACUAGAUGACAAAGCAUCUGUACCUGAGUUUAAAUACAAUAUACACUGACAUUACCAAAAGAAGCACUCAUCACAGUGUUUCCAACUCAGGCAAGCAACUGUCAGAAAAAUUAGAAAUUUAAACUGGAUAUAUCAUAGCAGAAUUUCUUUACAAAAUAAAAAACGAAAACAAGGCUGCAACCAAAGUAAGUCUCCAAAUGACUUGUAAGUCAAGCAAGAAAAGCCAUUUACUGCUAAAAAGCCAUUUACUUUUUUGAAUUGUGUUUGAAUGCAGCAGCCAAAGAAAUGUGUCCAGAGAAAGUAAACUUUUUAAGACUUGGCAAGAACAAUUGUUUAGAGCUGAGAACACUGGAAGCAAUAUCAAUAGUCAAUUAAAAAAGUAAAGGAGUCCAAGGGGUUCUUUAACGACAUUUGAUGAGUUAAUAGGUGUUACUAAUAUUGCUCAGUUCUUAAUUUAUUUGAGGCAUUAUCACUGAGUUUGGAGUUAUUAAAGAGUUAGCCCCUGAAUAUUCUGCAUGGAACCACUGCAGGUGAAUAUUUCAAAGAAGUUGAGGAAUCACUAAUUCUGUACAACCUGAAGUAGAAUCUGCUAAGAUGUUAUAACUGAUAGGUGGUAAAAAUGUGUGAGGUAGAAAAAGACCUAGUUGGAGAAAUUUACAAAGUUUGUGAAAACAUAAGAUGUUUAAACCAUAUGAUUAUCACUAUCUUCACCAGCAAGUACUGUGUUUCCCUGAAAAUAAGACCGGGUCUUAUAUUAAUUUUUGCUCCAAAAGAUGCUUUAGGGCUUAUAUUCAAGGGAUGUCAUCCUGAACAAUGCUAGGGCUUACUUUCCAGUUAGGUCUUAUUUUCGGGGAAACACAGUACCUUGCAGAAACUUUUUUGAAUCUACCAUGUGUUACUGAACCAGUAGUGUCAGUGGUAAACUUCAUUUGUUUUCAUGGACUUGAACCAUCUUGAAGUCCUUGAAUUUUGUCAGAAAUUGAAACUGAAUUUCCUGACUUGCUCAACCGAAGUUUCAUUUGCUUAGCAACUGUAAAGUUUGAUGGCAAUUUUUGAAUUUAAAGUCAAGGCUGAAAUUUUUCUUAAGAAUCGCUCUUAAACACUAUGCUAGGACACUGACUGACUUUGGAAAUUAGCUUUUACUAAAGGUUUGAUAAUAUUUCUUAAAAGAUUUCAGCCUACAAUUACAAGGCAAACAACUUUGAUGUGAAACAUACUGCAAUAGUCAUUUCAACAACGGACAUUUGAAUCAAAAUAUUCUGUAUUACACAUAGCUCAUGUUAUCAAAAAUGAAAACAAGAACAGGAUUUCCAUUCUCACACAAAUUAGCAAUGGAUAUGCUUUCUGAAUUCAGCAUUUUGGGGACCUCGGUGCAAAUGCAAAGGAAAUUUCCAUAUUUCAAAAUCCAUUUAACUAUAAUUGAGCUUCCACCUAAUCUUCAAUUGGAAGUGAAUAAUGUGCUAUGUGAUGACAUGCUAAAACGCAGAGGUCAAGGGAAGAAUCCAAUAGUUUACAAAUGCCUUCCAAGUCAUGAAUAUGCUCAGUUAAAAUCAUACGCUCCGGGAUGGAUACCAGUAUUGGGCAGUAUGUAUGACAUUUUUAAAGAUGAAAUGUGUAAAAUCUCAUUGCAGAUAACCAUUCACAGGUGAUCAUUGACAACUGAUUUUAAUGAUAAGAAACACUAAGAACCCUACUUAACAGAAAUGUUAUUUCCCAAAAAAAUACAUUACAGAAAUGUACUUAAUUAUAUUUUGAAUUUUGUUAAUUAAAAAAAUUGUGCUAAUUUAUUUUAUCUCAUGUUAUAUAAGUACCUACUUUUUCCCCCUUCUUCCCUGACUCCAGUUCAAGCCGUUGUUUCUCAGUCUAGU